CAACUUUCGGCAUUUCUUUUGGUCCCUCCCUCUCGGCCUGGCCCCCUGCCGGUGCUCGGGCGCUGCCGUGCCCGGCGCGGAGCCCACGGCCAGGCCGCACCGCCAUGAGCGCGGCCGGCCGCUGCCCCGGGCUGCUGCUGCUGCUGGUGAUGGCCGCCGGGGGACUGCGCUUCCCGCAGCGGCACUGGCCGGUGCCUUACAGGCGCUUUGAUUACCGUCCAAAAACCGAUCCUUACUGCCAGGCUCGUUACACUUUCUGUCCCACUGGCUCUGCUGUUCCGGUUAUGAAAGAAGAAGACGUCAUUGAGGUGUAUCGAUUGCAGGCUCCAGUAUGGGAAUUCAAAUAUGGGGAUCUACUUGGACAUUUGAAAAUUAUGCAUGAUGCUGUGGGCUUCAAGAGUGCUUCAACUGGCAAAAACUACACGAUGGAGUGGUAUGAGCUCUUUCAGCUUGGGAACUGCACAUUUCCGCAUCUCCGGCCUGGAAUGGAUGCACCGUUCUGGUGUAACCAGGGAGCUGCUUGCUUUUAUGAAGGAAUAGAUGAUGCACACUGGAAGGAAAAUGGAACUUUGGUUCUUGUGACCACAAUAUCAGGAGCCAUGUUUAAUGAAAUGGCAAAAUGGGUGAAGUACGACAAUGAGACUGGCAUUUACUACGAGACCUGGACAGUUCAAGCAAGCCCUGACAAAAAAUCCAUAGUCUGGUUUGACUCUUACGAAUGCUCUAAAUUUAUACUGAGAACGUACCAGAAGCUGGCUGACCUGGGAGCUGUGUUUAAUAAGAUACAAACAAACUAUACCAGCAUAAUUCUGUUCAGUGGAGAACCUAUCUAUUUGGGAAAUGAAACAUCUAUUUUUGGCCCUCGAGGAAACAAGACACUGGCAGCAGCUAUAAGAGACUUCUACUAUCCCUUCAAACCUCAUAAGACAGUCAGAGAGUUUUUUGUGGAUCUGUUAAAAAUAAUCGAUUGUGUCAUCUUGAAUCAUGAGUUUUACCUCUUUUACAACUUGGAGUACUGGUUUUUACCUAUGAAGUUCCCUUAUCUCAAAAUAAUCUACGAAGAGGUUCCUUUACCUGUUGGCAGCAAAACUUCUGUUGGUGUGUAAUUGCUUCCGGAAGAACCUGAUUUGUCCUCUUGCCAGAAGAUGCUAAAGGAUUUUGGAGUGCUCCCGCAAGGGCGUUAAAGUGCUGUAUGUCUCAACACUAACUGUAAAAGCUGGUUUACAGCCACAUGAAGAAUAUGCCUUUUUAUCAUACGAGCUGCCUAAGUCCACGAAUGCUUCAGCAUCCCUGACUCAGCCGGCUUCUUUGCAGCCGUGGACAGCAGCUGGCCAAGGGUGA